ACCGGCUGUGUGGCUCGCACGUCCCUGCGUCCACGUCCCGGAUCCACGCGCGCCCUGGCAAGCGCCUGCGAUGAACAGAGGGUGCGGGAGGGACGUGGUCCCCGGUCACUGUCACCGAAGCGGGGAAGGAAAGGGACAGCCUCCCUAAGGCCCGGCUUCGGGGUCGCAAAAGGAAAAGCAGACAGAAGACAGAAGGAGAACAGUUGAGAUCCGAGGCAGGCAAAAAGGACGUGUCAGAAGUGGGAUUCGAACCCACGCCUCCAUGCGGAGACCAGAACCCUCCUUCGAGGAAGCGGAGCUUGAGUCUGGCGCCUUAGACCACUCGGCCAUCCUGACACCCGGAAACCCGGGCCCCACAUGGAUAUAAUCUUCCGUUGUUAUAAAUGAGCAGCCGGUAUAACCCACGAGAAUCCUCGACAGGUCAGGCUCCAGCCGAGAAGUGAGGAUGGACUGACUCGCUUUCCCGGCGGAGCAGGAACUUGGAGUGAAGUCGUGAGGCUUUGCUCUCCACGCAGGCUGCCUUCGGAUUCCUCUGCAGUCCCCUGCCCUCCCUGCCCUGCGCGAGCCCAGCGCGUGGGACGCGGCUCUGGAAAAACGCGCGGAGCUCAGCAGGGAGGCCCAGCAACCACGCGGCAGGCCCCGCGCGUCCCCGACUCUCCCCCCCGGCGAGCUUGCUCCACGGCGCACACCUCCCACGGGCCGGUCUGCGGGUCCUUGUUUCAAGCAGGGACGACACACAAAAAUCGUUGGAGGUUUGUGAAAAUAUUUCCAGGAUAAAGACGAAAACUAACAGGAGGUGGAAGAAGAGCUAAAGCGAAACAAACCCAAGCGGGAAACUGGAUUUUUAGAAAAUUAGAAUCAAGUCCUCAGUGAGGUAAGAGGAGAUAGGGUGUUCGCGACACAAGAAGAGAAGGGGAAGUCUUAAAAUUAAUAUUAUGGUGGCAGAGAUUUUUAAGACUCCCUAAAUACGGUUGCGGCCAUCUCCUGCCAAGUGUGGGGUGGAUGUGGAAAGCAGGGGACAGUCCAGAAGAAAAUAAAAGGGUAUUUGGUAAAAGGUAUGCCAUCAAAACACCGGGGUUUCCAGGAAGAGACAAGGAGAACAUGAAAAGGAGAGCAGGACGCGACACAGGCUCGUUUUGCAGAACCGGAGCCCCCCCAGCUGCAGGUGAACGCGGGUCCACUCACGGCCCGCGCGGUGGCGGAGAAGGAUGCCCCGCACUGAAGCGCAUCGAGAAAGGGCAGGACCUGGGGGAUGAAGGGAGGAUCCUGCAAGCUUCCAGAGAGGAAACAGGAAAGGCGGCAUCUCAAGGGCUGGGACGAGAGGGCACCCUCCCUGCGGACACGGGGAAGCCUGAGACGCAGCCGCGGUGUCCCGGCCACCGCUGCCUCGAACCCAAACCGCGCAAGGGACCCCAGCGCCCGGGCGCCGCCAGCCAAGUGCGCGCGGGCGCCCAGGUUCCCAAGUCCUUCUCCCUGGAGGCUUCUGAGGCAUCGUUCCGCAGAACGGGAAUUCCAGGGAGAAAGCGGAAGAUGUGAAACCGGGACUAGGGGACCCGCCGCAGGGACGAGUUCCAGGGGGCGUGAGGAGGGGGCAGACGCGGGGCCCCGCGACCACAGACAUCAGCAAGCGGUUGCCGGCUCAGGAUUCAGCGCAGGGAAGAGCCGGCAGAGAAACAGGAAGCAGUGUUCAAGAUUGCUUCAUGGUUCAGGACAGCUGCUCAAGCUCCUACCAUCCUGUGCACAUUCCGGCUGGAAGAAGAAGGAAGGACAAAGGUUAAUCCUAGUGUUAGAACUGGCAAUUAGUGAGGCUCCAAUGGGAUGCCUGGAGGCCAGCAAGGAAGAGGCCAUGGCCAGCCGUCGGGGAAGGUCCAGGCCUGUCCUGGAAGCACUCCAGGAGGAGCCAGAUCAUACCAGAUGGGCCCCAGAUGGCAGCGCUUGACAGGAACCCCUGAGCAGGUUAGGAAGAAAAGAUGCGGAAACCUUGCUUCCAAGAAAUCCUUGCACUAGUUAACAGCUCUGUGAAAGGUAGAAGGUGAACUCCCCAGGCACUGAGCUCUCUGGCUUGCACACUCCCUCUCCCUCUCUAUACCCUCUGGCCCUCUCUGUUUCUUGCUUUCUUGCUCUUACAUCUCCAGGUGGUACUUUCACUUUAAUAAACGUUCCCACUUGUGCCGCUCA